AGAAUUACAAUGUCCAUGGUGAGAAUACAUUGACAAAUCAAAUUACAUUUAUCUAUGGUCUAGGUAAAAAUGACAUAUAUAAAAAAGAAGUUUGAAAAGAAAAAAAUACCAUAACCUUUAAUAUAUUUUUUAUACAAACAGUUGUAAUAAAAUAUUUAAAAGUUUAUAUAAUAAAACUGAAGAAAUUUGUGCAAUGGAUAGAAAUAGAACCGUAUCUGUUGAUGAAUUUCCAACAAUAUGUAGAAUAUGUCUAUCAACCAGUGAUUUGUUACCGUUUAUUUCUAUCAAUAUCCGCAAAGUUUUUAACAAUAUUACGAAUAUAAAGGUUGUAGAAAACGAUCUAUUGCCAAAAAAUAUUUGCAAAAACUGUUUGAACCAAUUAGAAAAUAUAUCGCAAUUCAUAGAACAGUCUAUAGUCAAUCAUUCCCUUUUAAUUGGGGCAUUAGAUCAAGGUAAUGUUAAAUUAUCUGAAGAUUGGGCUAAAAUCGACUAUCACGUAAAAGAAGACGAAGAUCAAAAACCACUUACAGUAUUCGAAUGUGAUAUUUGUAAAGUGACAUUUACCAAUAAAAAAUUACUGAUCCAUCAUGUGAAACAGCACUUGAACCAAAAAGUUUCAGUAAACAUCAUUUCCAACAAGAAUUCGUGUGAUUUAAAAUGUGAAAUUUGUGGAAAAUUAUUUAGUACAAACAUUGCUUUACUCAAACACAACAAAAUGCAUAAAAGAAUAAAAGAAUUUCAAGUUAAAAGUGUUAAAUAUAAAUGUGAAGAAUGUGAUCGAGUUUUAAGUUCAAUAUAUGCUUUAGAAAGCCAUAAAAAAACACAUACUGGUGAAAGACCAUUUAAAUGCGAACACUGCGAAAAAGAUUUUCCUUACCUCGGAAGUCUCAUUAUCCACACAAGACUUCACACAGGAGAAACCCCGUAUAUUUGCUCGGUUUGUAAUAAAGGUUAUCGAAGUUCUACUAGUCUUAAAAAACAUAAAGAAAAACACGUCACAGAAGAGGAUAUCAUUAAUAACGAUGAAAAAAACUUGUCUGAUCGUUUGCAAAAGAUAAAAUGUUCAUUUUGUGAUAAAAUACUCAGUAAACAUGGUUAUGGAACUCAUUUGAGAACGCAUACAAAUAGUAAAAAAAUCUUUUGCUGCACCAUUUGCAACAAGAUGUUUCAAAAACAUUCUCAUUUACAGAGACACGUUAGAAUCCACACAGGUGAACGUCCAUUUGUUUGUAAAAUUUGCAACAAAGCUUUUGUUCAAAAUGGCGAUUUGAAACGACAUACGACAAUCCAUUGUGACCAAAGGGAAUUCCAAUGUCAAUAUUGUGGGAAACAAUUUUUCACGAAAUGUUCCCUUAGCACACAUAUUUUACACCAUUGCAAAAUUUCCAAAAAAAAAUCUCAAGGAGAUGAGAUGAAAAUCGAAAUUAAAUCUAAAGUAAACGAGAGACCUUUCUUAUGCACUAUAUGUGGGAAAUCGUUUACUGCGAAUAGCAGCUUGAAGGUCCACAAUAGAUUACAUACAGGGGAAAAUCCAUUUGUUUGUAAUAUUUGUAACAAGGCCUACAACAAUUCUAGUGCUUUGAAAAAACAUAUAAUGAGAUAUCAUACCCAAGAAAAACCCCACGUUUGUAUGGUUUGUCAAAAAGGUUUUCACGAUUCGGCAAGUUUGAAAAGGCAUGUCAAAUUAGUACAUUCGGUAUUAGAUAAUAUUAAAAAUAAUUUUGAAAACUACACUUCUAAAUGACGAUAUUUAUAAAUAAAUAACAAUUUUUUGCGUAUUUUUUUAUAUAUCUGUUAAUAAAAAUGGAUAAAACUCAUUAUAAUUCAUUUUCCUUAUACAAGGGGUGUUCAAAAAUAAACUAAAUUCAAUCUGGUGAUGACUAUGAAUCAAUUUCUUGUGAUAUCUCGGAAAUUCAAAAGUUUUUGGAAAAUACAGCGUGGAUAAGCAUCAUUGAGGCUUUAAUUGAUGAUAUUUGAUAAAUUAAAAGAUUAAAAAAGGGGAUCAAUCAUCAAAACUUGAAGAAAAACAGCAUCAACUGGUAAAAAAAAAUCGAUUAGAAACUACAUAGAGUGGAAAAAUCUAUUAGUUUGUAAUUUUUUGUGUUUUUUUUAUAUAUCUGUUAAUAAAAAUGGAUAAAACUCGUUAUAAUUAAUUUUCCUUAUACGAGAGGUGUUCAAAAAUCAACUAAAUUCAACCUGGUGAUGACUAUGAAUCAAUUUCUUGAGAUAUCUCAGCAAUUCAAAAGAAGUUUUUGGAAAAUAGAGAGAGGAUAAACAUCAUUGAGGCUUUGAUUGAUGAUAUUUAAUAAAUUAAAAGAUUAAAAAAGGGGAUCAACCAUCAAAACUUGAAGAAAAACAGCAUUAACAGGUAAAAAAGAUCAAUUAGAAACUACAUAGAGUGGAAAAAUCUAUUAGUUUGUAACUUUUUGUGUAUUUUUUAUAU